AUGGCCCUCUGUCACAAGUUCAGCUGUUUCUUUCUCAAAACCCCGGCAGUGCUAUUCCAUCUAAACCAGAGCGUCCGGUCCUGUGUGUACGCCUGGAGUUUUUCUUAUCGAGAUUCAUCGCACGCCUUAACCGCACCGCCAGCCCCCAUUAGAAAAAAGAAGCAUCAUAAUUUUAUUAUUAUCAGCAUUAUUCUUGUUAUUGCUAUAACUAUUACUAUUAUUCUUAUAAGAUGGCUGUGUAGGAGCGCUACCGGCGAAGUGGGAAAGAAGACCAAAGAUAAACUGAAUCGCCCAUCAUUAGAAUCAGUUGAUCGCGAUGGUGAGGAAGAGGAUAGUGAUGAUGAGCUGGACAAACGGCUUGCCAGGGCUAUUCAGUCUGCGCGCAAGUUUUCUUAUGAUGAACUCUGCAUCGCUUCUAAGAACUUCAGUCCAGAAGAAGAGAUUGGAGAAGGGGGCUUCGGGAAAGUGUACAGAGGCAGUCUACCUGGCACAAAUCAAGCUGUGGCUGUGAAAAGAAUGAAUCUAAAUUCCAACCAAGGACAGAAAGUGUACGAGUCGGAAGUGAUUAUAAACGGUAAUCUCACACACCGUAAUCUGGUUGAGUUUUUGGGAUGUUGCCACCGGAAGGGUGAAAAGCUUUUGGUAUACGAGUUGCUCCCCAAUGGAAGUCUCGACAAAUACAUAUUUCAGAGUCCCAAGGGUCCUCUGGAUUGGGAUAAAAGAUAUAUCAUAGCCCGUGAUGUAGCUGUUGGUCUUGUUUAUCUCCAUCUGGAUCGGCGAGAGAAUAUUUUACAUAGAGACAUCAAGGAGGACAACGUGAUGUUGGAUUCAGAUUUCAGAGCCAAGCUGGGUGAUUUUGGCCUGGCGAGAGCGCUGAAAUCUGAGGAUGAAGAGCAUUGGCAUAACAGUAUGCCAUAUGGUACAUUUGGGUAUGUGGUACUGGAGUACGCCACAGAGAGAAAGUUCAGUCGAGAAUCAAACGUGUUCAGCUUUGGAGCACUCGCCCUUGCAAUUGCCUGUGGAAAGCGGCCCGUAGACAAGGCCUUAAUGUUGGAGUCUAAUCUCACCCACCCCAUCCACAUGCUCCGUAUGCACAAAUGUUUACAGAAUUAG